UGUGAGCGGCGGCUGCGGCGCGCGUCACCGCUGAAAAGCCCCGCGGCCUCGGGGCCGCUGCUCAGUCCGCUGCAGACCUCCAGCCGCAGCGAUGCCUUCCCCGAUCCCCGCGAGCCGCCUGCUGCCCAGAGACAUCUACCCCUGCGUGGACAUCGGGACCUGCAGCAGUCCGCUGGCCAAAUACUCCCUGGGAACCACGCUGACGGUCCCGGUCCAGCGGCUCCACGGGAAGGUGGCCAGCCGGCUGUGGUCCACCGUGAUCCACUGGAAGGAGCUGCGCUCCCUGCAGCCCGCGGGCUCCGGGGGGUUCGGCUCCGUCUACCGGGCGGAGUACCGCGGGGACACCGUGGCGCUCAAGAGGGUCAAGAAGUGCACGAAGAACCAGCUGGCGUCCCGGCAGAGCUUCUGGGCCGAGCUGAACGCCGCGCACCUGCGCCACCGCAACAUCGUGCGCGUCAUCGCGGCGACCACCUGCGUCCCGGCGGAUUUUGGAGACGAAAGCAGCAUCGGAACCGUGCUGAUGGAGUUCGUCGGGGAGCGGAACCUGCAGCAGGUGAUUUACGGCUGCGCGGAGCCGCUGGGGGAGCAGCGCUGGCUCCGCUACGCCGCGGACGUUGCGCGCGGCUUGCGGUUCCUCCACUCGCACGGCGUCGUGCAUCUGGACAUCAAGCCGGCCAACGUCUUGGUGUCCAGCGAAGACGUUUGCAAAAUCGCGGACUUCGGCUGUUCGCUGACUCUCGAUCGCGGCUGUGAAGUGCGCGCCAUCGGCGCCCACCUGAGCCACGUGGGCGGCACGUACACGCACCGCGCGCCGGAGCUGCUCAGGGGCGAGGCGCUGUCCCCGAAAGCCGACGUCUUCUCCUUCGGCGUCACCGCGUGGCAGCUGGUCACCAGGGAGCAGCCGUACGCGGGCGACCGCCAGCACGUCAUGUACGCGGUGGUGGCGCACGGCCUGCGCCCGUCGCUCCGGGACCACCCGGGGUUCGGGUCGCCGCGCGGCCGGCUGUGCGCGGCCCUGCUGAGCCGCUGCUGGAGCGCGGAGGGCCGCUGCAGGCCGACGGCCGAGGAGGUGCUGCUCCGCCUGGAGGAGCUGCUGCUCCGCCCGGAGGAGGAGGAGGAGGAGGUGGUGGUGCUCCGCCCGGAGGAGGAGGUGUGAUCGGUCGCCUCACCAAGCGACCUGCUGCAGGGACGCGAACCGCCGCUGAACUUGAACCUGUCGGGUUGUGUUUUAUUUGCCAUGAUGAGAUUGUAUUGUGAUAUUUAAGUGUGGUGCGUUUCAUUAAAGGUUAUUUUCUACUCUGCGUUGUGCUGUGAGGCCUCAUUAAUGUGAGACGUUGAGCAGAGGGAGCGCGUGCGUCCUUCUGCGCAUCCAAACGGAUGCUAAAGAUCUCCAGGUAUUUGUACGUGUUUCUUGUUCCUUUUCUUUGUUCCUGUCAACCUAAAAGUUUCUAUGUUCAUCUGAAGUCUACACGCUGAAUAAAAGUGACAGAUUUCA